AUGAGGAAACUUGACGUUGACAACUCUUCCACAUACCAGAAUACCUUGAGGACUGUGCAUACUACACGAUUCAAGAUGGCGAACCAGAUAUCAGUAGGCGCGCUGAGUGGCAUGUUCGAUGGCACGAAACCAAAGGUCCUCCAGCCUAUACUACAAUGCCUUCGGAUAAAGCCUGUCACUGUGCGGGAGCAAGAACGCUUUGGGGUCGUUUUUAGUGAUGUGACAAAUUUUGUUCGAACAAUGUUACCUACCCAGUUGAACAACUACGUUAAGGAAGAUAUGCUUCGCCGUGGAUCCUUCGUUCGAUUGACCAAUUUCCAAGUGAGCGUCGUAAAAGGCAAAAAUCUUCUCAUUAUUAUGGGGCUCGACGUUCUCAGUGACCUAGGCGAGGCUGAGAGGAUUGGAGAUCCAAAGCCGUUGGAACCCAAAUCAGGCGAUGACAUGGGAGCACAAUCAGCCACUCUCUCGAGCAAUGAGUUCUAUAAUGCACCACAGGCGCCACAAAACCCUCCGCAACAUUUCCAGAAUGUUCAGCGCCCUCGGACAACUGGUCCUACGCCUAACGCAAACAUAUUUUCGAUUGAAGCUUUGUCCCCAUUUUCUAACAAUAAGUGGACUAUCAAAGCUCGUUGUACACACAAGUCGGAGAUCAAAACAUGGAAAAAUGCGCAUGGGGAGGGAAAACUUUUCAGCGUUAACCUACUGGACGACAGUGGAGAAAUUAGGGCGACGGCUUUUAAGGACCAGUGUGAUCUUCUCUAUCGAGUCUUUGAAGAGGGUAGUGUAUACUACAUUUCAAGCCCCUGCACCGUGAAGAUCGCCAAGAGACAGUUUAGUAAUGUCAAUAAUGACUACGAGCUUACAUUUGAUAGGGAUACCGUCAUUGAAAAGGCGGAGGAUCAAAAUGAUGUCCCUCAGAUCCGUUUCAACUUUACUGGCCUCGGCAACCUCCAAUCUAUUGAGAAAGGAACUACGAUUGAUGUUCUAGGCAUACUGAAGGAGGUCGAUGCCACUUCCCAGGUGACAUCAAAGGCGACUGGGAAGCCAUACGACAAACGAGAGCUUACGCUUGUUGACAAUUCGGGGUUUUCAGUGCGCCUCACGGUCUGGGGAAAUACAGCAACUGCUUUUGACACAGCCCCUGAAUCAGUUAUUGCAUUUAAGGGAGUCAAGGUGUCCGAUUUUGGAGGCCGCACCCUGAGCCUGUUAAGUUCUGGCACAAUAACAGUCGACCCCGAUAUCGAGGAAGCACACAGGUUAAAGGGCUGGUAUGACGCACAAGGAAAGUCAAAUUCCUUUACAGCCUAUUCCUCCGAGGGAGGUUCUGGAGGUGGUGGCUCGUGGCCGGCCUUCAAAACCGUUGCUGAGAUUCGAGAUGAGCAAGUGCCAACUGCUGAAAACCCCGAAAACUUCGCGUUAAAGGCCACCGUCAUCCACGUGAAAGAUAAUUUAUGCUAUCCUGCGUGUCCGAACGAGGCUUGCAAAAAUAAGAAAGUGACAAGGGGUGAUUUGGACCAGUGGCAUUGCGAACGAUGCGAAAGAUCCUACGCAAAUCCAAAGUAUCGUUAUGUACUCUCUCUUAACGCCUCUGACCAUACGGGACAAAUUUGGCUUAGUUGCUUUGACGAAGCUGGCCAAACGAUAUUUGGUAUGACUGCGGAUGAAUUGAUGAGGAUUAAGGAGCAGGACGAUGCAGCUGCAACUGAGAUAACUAAAGGUGCAACAUAUUGCACGUGGAAUUUUAAAUGCAGAGCGAAGUUGGAUACUUAUCAAGAGCAGCAACGGACCCGAUAUAACGUUUACGUUGCAACCCCCAUUGACUACUCAACGGAGGCCGACCAGCUUGCCAAAUUAAUCGCCUCUUACAAUAUUUAG